UGCGCAUGCGCCUUGUAGGACGGCGCGGAGACCAUUUCCUCUAAAGCGACAGAGGCCUCUUCGCCGCACAAACAAACACUCGUAGUAUGAUAGCCAGGGACAUAGACUAGCGUGUGAAGUCAAAGAAGUAAGCCGUGUUUUGGGAUUGUCGAGGAAAUCAUCAAACGCCAAACCCGGAUGCCGCCCGCAGGAGUCACCCCAAUGGGCAGCCAUCGCUAAUUUGUCGCAGCCUCUGGUCAACACCGCAGCGGGAUCCUUUUUCUGGGAGGCUCUGAUGGUACGAACUGAACAGUGAGCGCUACCUGCCUGAGGACACCUGCUCCCCAAAUCCUCUCAUCAUGUCUGGGAUCCACGCGCCGUGGUCGACCGGCACCGAAUGUGUCGCCAAGUAUAACUUCCAGACGGCCAACGAACAGGACCUGCCCUUCUGUAAAGGAGACGUGCUGACCAUCAUUGGAGUCACCAGGGAUCCCAACUGGUACAAAGCAAAGAACAUUGUGGGCAGGGAGGGCACCAUUCCAGCAAAUUAUGUCCAGAAGAGGGAAGGAGUCAAGUCCGGAGGGAAACUCAGUCUCAUGCCCUGGUUCCACGGGAAGAUCACCCGGGAGCAGGCGGAGCGGCUCCUCUACCCUCCGGAGAUGGGCCUGUUCCUGGUGAGGGAGAGCACCAACUACCCCGGCGACUACACCCUGUGCGUCAGCUGCGAUGGCAAGGUGGAGCACUACCGCAUCAUCUACCACAAUGGCAAGCUCACCAUCGACGAGGAGGAGUACUUUGACAACCUCAUGCAGCUGGUUGAGCAUUACACCAAAGACGCAGAUGGCCUCUGCACCAGCCUCAUUAAACCCAAGCUGAUGGAGGGCACCGUGGCGGCGCAGGACGAGUUCUCCAGGAGCGGCUGGGCCUUGAACAGGAAGGAGCUGAAACUCCUGCAGACCAUCGGCAAAGGAGAGUUUGGAGAUGUCAUGGUGGGAGACUACAGGGGGACCAAAGUGGCAGUCAAGUGUAUCAAGAACGACGCCACAGCACAGGCUUUCAUCGCAGAGGCCUCCGUCAUGACGCAACUGAGACACAACAACUUGGUGCAGUUGCUGGGAGUCAUCGUGGAGGAGAGGGGAAGCCUCUACAUUGUCACAGAAUACAUGGCCAAGGGUAGCCUGGUGGACUACCUGCGCUCCCGAGGACGGACGGUGCUGGGUGGGGACUGCUUACUAAAGUUCUCACUUGACGUGUGCGAGGCCAUGGAGUACCUGGAGGCCAACAACUUCGUCCACAGAGACCUGGCGGCUCGCAACGUGCUGGUGUCUGACGACAACAUCGCCAAGGUCAGCGACUUCGGCCUCACGAAGGAGGCGUCUUCCAUACAGGACACCGCCAAGCUGCCUGUCAAGUGGACCUCACCUGAAGCUCUCAGGGAGAAGAGGUUUUCCACCAAGUCGGACGUCUGGAGUUACGGAAUUUUACUGUGGGAGAUCUACUCCUUCGGCCGCGUGCCUUACCCUCGAAUUCCGCUGAAAGAGGUGGUGCCCCGGGUGGAGAAGGGCUACAAGAUGGAUGCCCCCGACGGCUGCCCGCCGGUGGUGUACGACCUGAUGAAGCAGUGCUGGACCUUGGACCCGGCGGUGCGGCCGUCCUUUCGCAUGCUUAGGGAGAAGCUGCAGCAUAUCAGAGCCAAGGAGCUCUACCUGUGAGGCGGCGGCAAGGGGAUGGUGGGGGGAGGGAGGGGGGAGGAUGCAGCCCACACCACAAGACAAACAAACAAGGGACCACAGUGACACUUCCUCUCCAGCCUGUGGGACUGCCUCCCCCUGCUUCCUUCCCCUUUUAAGGAGCGUUUUCCUGUUUGUGUUGUAAAGCUUUGGCCAUGUUUCCUUGUCUUCUCCUCCUCCUCCUCCUCCUCCUCCUCCCUCCCCUACUUCCACCACCACCACCACCACCCCUCCUCUGUUGAACACGGCAUUAACUGGAGGGGAGGCUGGCCUUUUCCUCCACGUUUGUCAGGUGCUUGCUCUCCUGUUCCUUCAUUCCCACCCUGCCCAACCCCCCUGCCGCCUGCAUGCCACCACCAUCGUUCCCCCCGCCCCCCUCCCUCUCUGCUGGGCGUGGUGUCGGGUGUGGGGCCUUCGCUCUGUGCCAAAGUGCCUCCAGACGUCCCUCCAGCACUUCUUCUUGGACUCCUGUGGUCUUUUUUUUUUUUUUUUGUUAUGACUUCAUCUUUUUUUUAAUUGCUUUCUUCUUUUCAGGGAGGUUAUCAAACCGUUUUUUUAGUGCCGUCUCCCCCAUUUUUUGUGUCUGCAAAGAUAGUAAACUUUUUUUUUUAGGGGAGGGGGGGACAGUAUCACGUUUGUCCUCCAGCCAAGACUUAUACUGGGAGGAACCAUGGGGGGGUGACAGUAUAACAGGAAGGGGAGGAGGAGACCCUGAACAUGGUGGUUUCAUCAUACGUGGGCUUGUUUUUUUAUAUCAAAUAUAUUUAAAGGAUUAAAAAAAAGACAAACUGACUGGGGCAGAGAAUUUACAAAACAAAAAGGGAGGGGGGGGGGGUGUAUCCGUGAGUGUCCGGCGUUCGGAAUGUUGAGCGGGAACGUCGCGGUUGUUCGGUGCAUGCUGUGUGUGAGAGGCCUUCCAUUCAACUGUCAGUGCUUUCAAUGUUCAUUGUUUUAUUAUGCUAUCAUGAAUAAAUCAUUCCAUCUGA